CCAAGACUAAAUUUGUGGAAACGGAAGUGGGAGACGUCUCACUUCAACUUCAUUCACGUCCACAAACCCAAAAAUACAACAAUGAAUUAUCCAAUCUUAGCCAGUGCCACAACUCCCUCCAUUCCUCGCCCGCUAAACCAAACCUUUCCUUCUUAAUCCUCAUCACCAAACAAGCCACUACCACCAUGGUAGUAAAUCUCUCAUGUUCUAUCCCUUCUUAUUCUUCUCUUUCUUUGAUCAGAUUAACUAACUCUAAGUCACACAUUUCAGAUGUCUCUUUUAAGUCUAAAACCCACUUGUCAAAACCUUUUUCUUCUUCCUCCAACCUUGAUUUUCAUUACAAGAAGCAGAUUUUCUAUGAAAAGAGUAGAAACCCACAUGUGAGAAGGUUUAAAUUCAAGACUUCAGCGAUCUCCGGCUUUGAUUUUGGCAACGUUGAGAGCGCUCAGUCUGUUUUGGAGGCGGCUGCAGUGCUAACCGCCAUUAUCGUCGUUCACGAGAGUGGUCACUUCCUUGCUGCUACCCUUCAGGGCAUCCAUGUAAGUAAAUUUGCAGUUGGGUUUGGUCCAAUUUUAGCUAAAUUCAAUUCGAAGAAUGUGGAGUACUCUCUUAGAGCGUUUCCUUUAGGUGGAUUUGUGGGGUUUCCUGAUAAUGAUCCAGAUAGUGAUAUUCCACCUGAUGACAAAAAUUUGCUUAAGAACAGACCUGUAUUAGAUAGAGCUAUUGUGAUUUCAGCUGGUGUAGUAGCUAAUGUAAUCUUUGCAUAUGUGAUUAUCUUUGUUCAAGUAUUGUCAGUUGGUUUGCCUGUGCAAGAAGCCUUUCCUGGGGUGCUUGUGCCGGAGGUCCGAGCCUUAUCCGCCGCUUCCCGGGACGGUUUGCUUCCUGGUGAUGUGAUCCUGGAAGUUAAUGGACGUGAGUUGCCCAAAUCAGGCCCCACUGCUGUUUUAGAGAUAGUUGAUGUAAUUAAGAAAAAUCCCAAAAGAAAUUUGUUAUUUAAGAUUGAAAGGGGAAAACAAGACUUUGAAAUUGGGGUCACCCCAGAUGAGAAUCUUGAUGGAACUGGUAAAAUUGGAGUUCAGUUGUCCCCAAAUACCAAGUUUUCCAAGGUUAUACCAAAGAAUAUAUGGGAGGCUUUUAGGUUUUCUGGAAAAGAGUUUUGGGGGCUCUCUUACAAUGUUUUGGAUGGCUUGAAACAAACGUUCUUAAACUUUUCACAAACAGCUGGCAAGGUUUCAGGGCCAGUUGCCAUUAUUGCUGUUGGUGCUGAAGUUGCAAGGUCGAAUACUGAUGGUCUUUACCAAUUUGCAGCUGUGCUUAAUCUUAAUCUUGCAGUAAUAAACCUACUUCCAUUACCUGCUUUGGAUGGAGGUUCCUUGGCCUUGGUUCUCAUAGAGGCAGCUAGGGGUGGGAGAAAGCUUCCUAUGGAAAUAGAGCAGCGAAUUAUGUCUUCGGGGAUAAUGGCAGUUAUACUUCUAGGAUUAUUCCUCAUAGUCAGGGACACACUUAAUUUGGAUUUUAUUAAAGAAAUGUUGUGAGAUUGAUUACAAGUUCACUGAAGCAUGAAUUGAUUCAAUAUGAGAGGAAACUGUCUCUGAAGCUGGUCUUGCUUUUGAUGUGAGAAAGAGAGCUUCAAAUUAAGAUUGUAGGAGAUGAUGAUUGUGUUCUUCCACGAUGUUAUACGGGAGGUACUUCUUGGAUUUUCACUCCUAAAUUUGUUCUUCAUAUGUGGGUCUCAUUCAUAGUCCUGUAAAUUAUAAUUUUUUCUUCUUAAUAAAUUGGAAAGAGCAACAUUCACUUAUAAUGAUUUUUAUUAUCUUU